CAUAAGAGAACUACUGUACCUUGUUUGUCAAUGUAUAUAUAAUGUGUGCAUGCAUGCAUAUUUAUAGUGCUUAUACACACAUAUAUACAGUAGCUCUCAGUUGACAGAUGUCAUGUUGGUUUUCUCCUAGCCCCUGACAAUGGCCCCCGUGAAGGCAUCAACAGCCUCCGAUAAUUUCCAGAAGUUUUCCAGCUUCUUUGAGAAGGUAGUGCAGGACCUGACAGCGGAGGAAUGUGGAAACCCAGAGAUUGGGGUUGCCAUCUCACGCUUGCGAAAGGUCCUGGAGUACAAUGCCCCUGGAGGAAAGUAUAUUCGAGGUAUCACUGUAUUGGACUCUGUCCAGGAGCUGUUGCCACUGACCCUGCAGGAUGUGGAGACCAUAGAGAGGGCCCUGGUGGUGGGCUGGUGUGUGGAGCUGCUGUCGCAAUACUUCCUAGUGGCUGAUGACAUUAUGGAUAAGUCUGAGACCCGUCGUGGGAAGCUUUGCUGGUACAAGAAGGAGGGAAUUGGCCUUGACGCUAUCAAUGACGCAUUCCUGCUUGAAUCAUGUGUAUAUCGACUCCUGAAGAAGCACUGCCGCGGACAGCCCUAUUACCUGAACCUACUGGAACUGUUUCUGGAGGCCUCCUACCAGACCGAGCUGGGGCAGACACUGGAUCUAAUAAGCGCUCAGCCAGGGAAGAUGGAUCUAGCCCAGUACACGGAGACCAGGUAUAAAGCCAUUGCAAAAUACAAGACGGCUUUCUUUUGCUUCUACCUGCCCAUCGCUGCUGCCAUGUUUAUGGCUGGAAUAGACCAAGAGGAAGAUCUCAGAAAUGCCAAAGCAAUUGUGCUGGAAAUGGGGGAGGUAUACCAGGCGCAGAAUGACUACCUGGACUGUUACGGAGACCCCAGCAUCAUGGGGAGGGCUGGAACCGACAUCGAGGAAAAGAAGUGUACGUGGCUGGUGGUAGAGGCACUAAAGAGGGUGACGCCUGAGCAAAGAAAAAUCCUGGAGGAGAACUAUGGCUAUGAUGAUGUGGACAAGGUGCAGAAGGUAAAGCAGCUGUAUGAGGAUCUAGGUCUUGCUGCUGUGUACAGACAAUAUGAGGAGGACAGUUACCAGAGACUGCAGACUCUUAUCUCCCAGCAUGCAAAUGGGCUGCCCAAGGAGACUUUCCUGAGCAUGGCACGCAAGAUUUGGCGGUAUUAA